UGGCAACUACUAAUAUUGAAAGUGAAACAGUGCAGACUGUUCGGUUAUACAUUUUGCGACGAUUGUUUUGUUGUUACUUUCGAAAGAUCUCAAAAUAUUUACUUCCCAUGGAAAAUUAUCGAACAAUAUUAGAUAUGAAUCGACUAAUCUAAGAGAAACUAACCCUAAAUUUUAAUUAGGUUUUAACGAAUAUGAUCAUGAAUUCUUGUAUUAAUGUAGUACUUGAUCUUGAAACUAAAUUGAGGCAUUUAAAAUUAGGGGAAAUAAAUCAACUUUCAGCAAUUUUACUUCUUAAUGAUAGUUGGCGAGAUUUAGCUGCAGUUAUUCGUGAUCCUGAUAAUCCCAGCUAUUUUCUUUAUGACACUGACAAUAUUAGGUUAUUAGAUGAUAAAAGAAAAUGUGGAAAAAAUCCAGCUGAAGCCUUAUUGGAACAUUGGGGCACAUAUGGAAAAAGUCAACCUAAUAUAAAAAAUCUGUUAUUUUAUUUGAAUGAAGCAAAUCUUUUGAGAGCUGUCCAUUUUGUGAAGAGUCAAUUUCUGAAAAAUAAUAUUCCUGAAACGCACAUUGAAACUGAAGAAUUGGAAACCAUUAUAAAUAUCGAAAAUAAAAAUGCUCUAGCUUCAGAGCUAAACUGUGUUGAUAGGAUGUCAAAAGAAUUCAAUCUUGAUGGAAUUACAGUAUAUCCAUUUGAAGCAUUGGCUAAAGCUACCAUGAAUUUCUCUGAAAGAAAUGGCAGUAAAAUUGGAGAAGGUACUUAUGGAAUGGUAUUUCAAGGAAAAGUUUCUGAUAAAAUAGUAGCCAUAAAGAAAUUAAAGAAUAAUGUUGAUAAACAAUUUUUUACAGAAUUGAAUAUUCUUUCAAGAUUUAAACACAAAAACCUUCUGCCACUGCUAGGUUGUUCUUUGACUGGAUCUGAAUGUUGCCUUGUAUAUGAAUACAUGGAAAAUGGUUCAUUACAAGACAGAUUGGCUUGCCUUAGAAAAACGAUACCUCUAUCGUUUGAAACCCGUAUGAAGAUAGCAUAUGAAUCUGCUUUGGGAAUCAACCAUUUGCAUACUUUUGGAACAGAACCAAUGGUGCACAGGGAUAUCAAAAGUGCAAAUAUUUUGCUUGAUGUCAACUUCUCCCCAAAAAUAGGAGAUUUUGGUUUGGUAAGGAUUGGAGAUAGUAUAGCAUCAUCAACUGUUGCUGUUACAGCAAAUGUAGUUGGAACUUCCGUUUACAUGGCACGAGAAGCAUUUAAUGGAGAUGUAUCAACAAAGUUGGAUACAUUUAGUUUUGGAGUGGUAUUACUAGAAUUACUGACUGGACUGCCACCAUAUGAUGUCAAUCGGGAAGAUAGAGAUUUAACAACUUUUAUGGAAGACUGUGAUGAUAUUUCAACAAUGCUUGACAAAAAAGUUAUUUGGAAAAUUGAACCUGCUGUGGAAUUACAUAGAAUAGCAAAUUUUUGUCUUACCAGAGCAAAAAAGAAGCGACCUGAAAUAGCUGAGGUUCUAUCAGAUUUACAAAAAUGUUGUUCAGUAUGUACUGCCCCUGUUCCAGAUCAGUCAGAACAUUUUUGAUACUUUAUUUAUGCUCUUUUGUCGCAUUCCUUGUACAUUUUAUGUAAUCACAAACUCAAAAAUUGCAUUUAUCUAAUUACUAAUACAUUUUAUACAAUUCUGAACAUCAUAUUCCGUAUUAAAUAUAUGCUUUAAAUGUGUUAGUUUUUGCAUUUAAGUGAUAAUAUUAUUUAAAUAUUUUAGUUCCAACAUUGUUGAUGGAUAAUAAUCAAAUGAUUAACGAAAAAGUGUCAUUUCAAUAUCUGUUUUUGAAAAAAAAUUUACAAAUUGUUAAAUUUUUCAAAUGUAUAUUUUCUGAUGAUUCUAUUAAUGUUAUAUUAAAUGAGAG